AUGUCCUGCAAAGUACACCGAAUCAGCACUCUUCGGGAUUCGACGAAUUCGGAUGAUGGAGCAGGGAUCGAGGUAGCAGAAGAUGCUUCUGUGCCGGUGGUGGUGGAGAAAACGGGAGAGGGGGUGAAGUUCGAAGAGCAUCAGCUUCCCAUUGACAUUGCGUACAACAAAUUCGCAGACUGGCUCGUGGAUCGGAAGCGGGUACCUGCUAACUGGAGGCAACGAGUGGCUGCCAUUCAGCAGCGAAUCACGAAGCUGGUUACCACACUGCCACGUCACCAUGAUCCCUGGCUGCAGUCGCUCUCGGUGGAUGACGUGGGGUACGUGGAAGCAAAGCGUGUGAGGGACAUUCUUGCUGCUGCCCGCCCCAGUGAGAGAACAAUCUUCGGUGGCCUUGCUGGGCCUGCGGGCGAGUGGGACGCAGUGGUUCGCACAUACGAGCGUGACUCUGUGUUCCUCGGGGAGGCAGCUCAAAUCCUCGUGCACAACACUAAUUACGACAUCCCCUACUGGCAGAAGCACAGGGCGCGGGCCCAGCAGCAGCUGGAGGAGAGCAACAGGAAGGAGCUGGACUGCCGAAGACUGGCUGCUGCUGCUGCCAAGGGGUUUCAACAGGCGUGCUCCGACCUCGGAAUCAAGGGUCAAGACGUGCGGCAGGAGCUCAAGGGACUGGUCUCGAAGCUUCCUGGAAUUUUUCAGGAGGUGGUAACUAUCCUAUCGGGGGAGCCUGUGGAGCAGGCGGUGGAAUAUUAUGCAGCUGCUGUGGCAUUCGCACAUGGGGGGGAGGAUACGGGUUCUUCUCCCCUCCUCCUCCCCACGCUCUUGGAGCUUCGGGCAAACCCUGAGCGGCAGGACCAGGCCGAACCUCCUGCGGAGGAUGAAUGGGGUGGUGAUCUCAGUGGGGGUGCCGAUGGGGGUGGUGCUAGUGGGGUUGGUGAUGGUGAUGCUGUAGGGAGAAUUGUGUGGGAUUUGGAUGUGAGUACAGGGGGAAAUGGAGGAGGAGGGGGAGAAGGGGGAGGGGAAGGUGCUACUGGUGGUGAGGAGGGAGGAGGAGGGAUAGACUGGGAUAUCGACACGGGAGCUGCAGGGACCAAUGAGGAGGCGCCACCUGGAAGCGCUGGUGAUGGUGAUAGUGCUGGUGGUGGUGGGGGAGGAGGAGGGAGGAGUGGGAGGGAGGGGGAGAGUGAGAGGCACAAGGUGCAGCGGUGGCUGUUGGCUGAUUCAGCGUAUCGCAGCAAGCUUCUUGACGACCUGUUCGAGCUGCACAUAUUCCUUGUCACGCGGAUAGCUGAGAUGAAUCGACACCAGGGCUCCGUGCUGCAGGCACAACUGAUGGCCACAGCGCCUCCCAUCAUCCAGAACCAUGGCACCACAUCCCUUGGCGCCCUUGAUUCCCACAUCUGCACGGCCAUUGGUCGACUCACCAGUCGUCGCACGCGGGAUCUCCUCCUCAUCCUCUCCUCCCCUCGCUUCUUGGAUCGGCUAGAGCAAUCAUUGCUGCAGAAGAAGACAAACGAGGCGAGGCUGCUGGAUAGCGUUGGCGAGCUGGAGAGGCGGCGGAGAGAGAUCCGGGCGGCGCUGGCUGAUGCGUGGCCUAAACUGGAGGCAGUGGUGCAGCGAACACGGGCCUACAAGGCAGCAGCAGAGGCAGCGCUCUCUGCAAUGUAUUCCAACCGGCCGGUUCACAUCAUUGGGGAGAUUAACAACGUGCUGCAAGCCACUGCCCCUGCAGGUGGUGGGUAG